GGUUGACCGCCCCUCGAACGCAUCUUCUCGUACCUCUCUACCCGACAUACUCUCGACCAACCCCCAACUGUGUGUACAGUUGCAACGGCGACGACUUCAAUCCCGAAACGCAAUAUCCGAUAGAUCUUCAUCGAUAGCAAUUCGCAAUUGAAUAACCCAAGAGCAUCGUCUACUACACACCGUCGACAGCGCAGAGACCCAGGGGGCUCGAGGUCCUCUCAGGCGAAGUGAGCUUGGUUUGGACAAACACAAGGCUCAGGAUAUUUACAGCCAUUACCCAAAAUGGCAUCAGGCAGCCCUCAGAAUGUCAUCCGCAGGAAACUCGUCAUCAUCGGCGACGGUGCUUGUGGAAAAACCAGUCUACUGAGCGUCUUCACUUUGGGUUUUUUCCCAGCCACAUAUAUCCCCACCGUGUUCGAGAAUUACGUUACCGACUGCCGAGUAGAUGGCAAGUCGGUUCAGCUAGCGCUAUGGGACACAGCCGGACAAGAAGACUAUGAGCGAUUACGACCACUAGCAUACUCAAAGGCGCAUGUCAUUCUAAUAGGGUUUUCGGUCGACACGCCAGAUUCUUUGGACAACGUUAAACACAAGUGGGUUACUGAGGCCAACGAAAGAUGUCCCAAUGUUCCCAUCAUUUUGGUGGGUCUCAAGAAGGAUCUCAGGGGAGAUCCAGUUGCCAUCGAAGAAAUGCGAAAGCGAUCCCAACGAUUCGUGAUGGAGGACGAAGGCCAGAGGAUAGCAAAGGAGAUUGGCGCUCGAAAGUACCUCGAAUGUUCCAGUCUUACCGGAGAAGGUGUUGACGACGUAUUCGAGGCAGCCACGCGAGCGGCGCUGCUAACGUUUGAGAAGAAGGAAGGAAGCGGGUGCUGUGUGAUUCUAUGAGAGUCCUGGGAUAAGGGGACCCGUAUGAAUCCUCUCCAUUCGCCAUCCUUUCUUUCGAACGAUCGCGCGCAGGAAUUCGACAACCAGCUCUGCUGUAGCAGAGACCAGCAUAAGCAGAGCUGGGCGCGGAUAACUGGUAUAUAUGGCUUCGAACUCCGUAUGGCUUCAAACUCGAAAGAGAACGGCAGUGGGAAUCAAAUCCACAAAGAUGACUUCCCUUUUGGCUGGGAAGAAAAGAGCAGGGAUCUACACUCACUUGGUUGAAAGGCUCCUCAGCUCAAACUCUGCGUAACUCGAUAGACGCACACGUUCUCUCC